AUGACAAUAAAUGUUCCUAAGACCCUCCUUCCUGGUAUCAACCGUGAGCAUCUCCGACUCCUGGACACGAAAUGCAAAGCUGAGAAAGACGACACUUAUUACAGUCUAACAACACCGCUAACCGCGUGUAAAACUACACGCAAGCACACGACUACAGAUGUCGUUUACUCCAAUAUGGUCUUGAAAGUUCCCACAGCUUCCAAAAAAGCCAUGAUACGUGAGUUGAAAAUACAGUUCAGUUGUGUUCAUUCCAGUCAUGGUGUGGUGUCAUCGGUUGGUUGGAGAGCAGUCAAUAGAAAAGUCAUAAUUAGUGAAGAAGGCAAAGGGAACUUCACACUCGUUUUGAAUAUGUUCCCUGACAAGAAAUUUGAGAUUCCUUACAAGGAAGAGGAUUUUCUUUUAUUUGUGGCACAGAAACGUCUUUUCUUGGAGGUAUCGGUGAUAAGUGAUAAGCGGAUGUCAAGUAUUGCUGAUCGAUGUUAUACCACGCCCACUCAUCAACGAGAAAACGCACCGAAGUAUGAGUUUAUUUCGAAAGGAAGUGCCAACUAUCCCUCUGUGGUCUACCAUUCCGCACACUCGAUCAACUUGCAGGGGUUUAGCAUUGAAACCGCUAAAUUUAUUGGUACCGAUUCGUUUGUAUUUGUUCAGUGCCACGUGAUCAUAUGCGACGCAACCGACCCAGAUUCCCAAUGUGCGAAGAAGUGUUCAUCAGGUAACAUAGGGAAACGUCAAGUAAGUGAUCACGAGAUGGAUGAGCAGUAUUCUUGGACCCAGGGUCCGCUCCUUCAUGUUAGCGAGGAGAAAGAAGAGAAGGAAAGCAAUGGUGGAGCCAGUGACGAAAAGAACGCUUCUGAUAUUACCUUCGUAGUUGGUCUGGUAAUGAUAUGCAUUGCUUGCCUGGCGGCCAUGGGAACUGGACUUGUAAUCUUUAAAAAGUUACGACACAAACGGUCUGCUGCAGAAGUUUUCAGUGGUCAUGAGAAGGAAAAGCCUGAACAUUGA